GGGAUGGGCGUUCCUCUGUUCACCAAUGAGCAUGCGAGGGUUCCAAUCGCUUUCCGGGGAAUUGUAAAAACCGCUAGUUUUGCUGAACUUUCACUGAUUUCACUGUUCCUCCCAUCAGACGCUCAUCUGAAUCCCGACCAGAAACAUGCCCUUCAUAGAUUUAGAAAGCAACUUACCUGCGAGCAAGUUCUCGGAGGACUUCUUGAAGAAACUAUGUUCAAUGACAGCUGCGGCUUUAGGAAAACCGGAAGAUAGAAUGAUGUUGGUGGUGAAACCUGGACUGCCAAUGCUCAUUGCUGGAUCUUGCUCUCCGUGCGUGGUACUGUCCGUGUCCGCCAUUGGUGUCACAGACACGGCCGAGAAGAACAAGGACCACAGCGCCAAAAUCUUUCAGUUCCUAACGGGAGAACUCGGACUUGGAGAGGACAGGAUUGUGAUCAGGUUCUAUGCGUUGGAGCCUCAUCAAGUUGGAAAGAAAGGAACCGUGAUGAGCUUCCUGUAGACGGUGCAGCAGCUUCAGCAGUGUCAGUGGGAAGGAAACUGAACUGAAUUAAAUUACUAAAUCAACUUGUUUUGUCACUAAGAGAUUUUAUCAAUUAGUUUUCACAUGAACCAUGGCAACUGUGUUAGAUUUUUGAUCUAGAUCAUUUAACCAUCAACUGAAUUGUUAAUCAUUUGAUGUAGUUUAACGUUGUUUAUUUUUAGGAUGAAACAACUAAAUAUGUUGUAUAUUUGUUCAAUAUGUUUGAAUUGAGGAAUUAUUAUAAAUGAAAUGCAGAGUUUGAAGGAA